AGUGGCGUGGUGUUCGCGACCGCAGACAAUAGCAGCCAAUGAUCUCUCUCUUUCUUCUUCCGGCGGAUCCGUACCAUGAAGAUGAUACUGUAUAGCCGGUCCGGUCUCUCAUCGGGUCCAUCCGACGCCAAGCUCCGGCCUAUCCUGCUCUUCCUCUUUGUCCCGACCUGAAAUCGGACUCCCAUUGGUUGGAAAAUCUCGCUGGAUUCCGCGACAUCGGAGCCUUCUCCUGGCCAUGUCGAUUGUCGAAGCGUUGACGGCGGACCUGCUUGCCCGAGUCUACCGGCUGCUCUCUUCCGAGUCCGACCGGAAAGCGUGGCGGUUCGUCUGCAAGGAGUUCCACCGAGUCGACUCCGUUUCUCGGUCCAGCCUCCGGGUACUCCGCAUCGAGUUCCUCCAACGUCUUCUGCGGAACUACGCCUGCAUUGAGUCGCUGGACCUCUCCGUCUGCCCGCGGAUCGAUGACGGGACUGUCUCGAUCCUCCUCAGCGGAGCCUCGGACCUGCUCACUCCUGGCCUAGCGAGGCUUUUCCGGCCGGGUUUCGACUCGGUAAGCUGGACUGGGGGUCUGAGGAAGCUCGUUCUUUGUCGGGCAACGGGUCUGAGGUACUCGGGACUGGAGCAGCUAGUCAGGGCCUGCCCAAUGCUAGAGAGCCUCGACGUCUCCUACUGCCGGGGGUUCGGGGACAGAGAAGCGGCUGCAAUCUCGGGGGCGGCGGGGUUACGGGAACUGAAGAUGGACAAGUGCUUGGGGGUGACUGAUGUCGGGCUAGCGAAGAUAGCGGUUGGGUGCUCAAGACUGGAGAAGCUGAGCUUGAAGUGGUGCAUGGAGAUUGGGGAUUUGGGGGUUGAUCUUCUCUGCAAGAAGUGUUUGGGUCUGAAGUUUCUUGACAUAUCUUACCUUCAGGUCACGAAUGAUUCCCUCCACUCGACUGCUCCAUUGGUCAACCUGGAGGUUUUAGCAAUGGCGGGAUGUCCUUUUAUAGACGACGUGGGGUUGCAAUUUCUUGAACAUGGAUGCCCUUCUCUAAGAGUGGUUGAUGUAUCUAGGUGUGACAGCAUCAGUUCAUCUGGCUUAAUCUCUGUAAUCAGAGGGCAUGACUGUCUUGAACAGCUAAAUGCGAGCUUUUCUCUCGUGGAGUUCACACCGAGUCUUUUAGGCUGUUUGAAGGACUUGAAGAAUCUGAACACUAUCCGAGUGGAUGGGGCUCGAGUUUCAGAGUCUAGCCUCCAGUCUUUCUGCACAAAUUGCAAGAAUCUGUCUGAGAUAGGAUUGAGCAAGUGUGUAGGGCUGACAAAUAUUGGGAUAAUGCAGCUAGUAUGUGGAUGUUCCAACUUGCGGUUCCUUGAUCUUACCUGCUGUCAUUCCAUAACAGAUGUGGCGGUUUAUGCUGUAUUGGAGUCUUGUCGGAAGCUGACAUGUUUGAAGCUAGAGUCCUGCAUUAUGAUCACAGAGAAGGGUCUUUAUUACCUUGGAUCAUUUUGCACGCUGCUUCAAGAAAUCGAUCUUACUGAUUGUUCCGGCAUAAAUGACACCGGACUUGAAUAUUUGUCACGAUGUUCAAAACUCAGAUCCUUGAAGCUAGGAUUAUGCACAAAUAUUUCGGACAAAGGACUGUGCCACAUUGCUGACAACUGCAAAGAUAUUCACGAACUCGAUCUAUACAAAUGUGAUGGUAUUGGGGAUGAGGGAUUGGCUGCACUUUCUGGCAGUUGCAAGAGGUUGAAGAUACUCAACUUGUCAUACUGUACUAAAAUUACGGAUAAAGGGGUGGAGCAUAUGGGCCAAUUAGAAGAACUAUCUGACCUAGAGAUGCGUGGGUUAGUGCAAGUUACAAGUGUUGGGUUAACAGCACUUGCCGCUGGUUGUUGGAGACUGGCAGACCUCGACGUAAAGCACUGCGAGAAUGUCGACGAUUCGGGAUUCUGGGCACUUGCCUACUACUCACGAAACUUGCGACAGAUAAACAUAAGCCACUGCAAUGUGUCUGACAUGGGGCUAUGCAUGGUGAUGGGAAACUUGACCCGCCUUCAGGAUGCAAAGUUGGUGCAUCUCAACAAAGUCACUGCUCAAGGCUUUGAGCUCGCGCUUAGGGCCUGCUGUGUGCGGAUCAAGAAGGUUAAGCUGCUCAGUUCAUUCCGGUUCAGGCUCUCCCGAGAAAUAAUCGAGACUCUGCACGCGAGGGGUUGCAGGAUUAGGUGGGAUUAGGGGGCAAAAAAUGUUACCAAUAGCCGAAAUCCCGAGGUUGUUGUCGGUGUGAUGAAUUAUGAGGUUUGAUAUCGUGUUGUUAGAUCUUUUUGAGUCUUCUAACACUCUUAAUUGGUGGAUUCUGUAUAUACGUGACCUGCGAAGCUGCUCAACAAUGGAACACGAGAUAUCGAAGUUUUGAUGGUCCCA